GCUCGCUCCUGCGCGCGCGCUCUCUCGGGCCCAAGUGAAUAGUCCUCGCGCGAGCGGGACACCGUGGUGGAUGCGAUUCCCCUCGCCUCCAGCCGCCAGGACCUCCCCGGCGCCGCAGGCAGCGUCCUCCUCCGAAGCAGCUGCACCUGCACCUGGGCAGCCUGGACCCUCGUGCCUUGUCCCCGGGACCUCGCGCGGGGGGCGCCCCGGGACACCCCCUGCGGGCCGGGUGGAGGAGGAAGAGGAGGAGGAGGAAGAAGACGUGGACCAGGACCCCCGUCCUACCCGGAACACCUGCCUGCGCUGCCGCCACUACUCUUUAAGAGAGAGGAGAAGAGAGCCGGGGAGAACCAUGGGGGGCUGCGAAGUCCGGGAAUUCCUUUUGCAAUUUGGUUUCUUCUUGCCUUUGCUGACAGCGUGGCCAGGCGACUGCAGUCACGUCUCCAACAACCAAGUUGUGUUGCUUGAUACAACAACUGUGCUGGGAGAGCUAGGAUGGAAAACAUAUCCAUUAAAUGGGUGGGAUGCCAUCACUGAAAUGGAUGAACAUAAUAGGCCCAUUCACACAUACCAGGUGUGUAAUGUAAUGGAACCAAACCAAAACAACUGGCUUCGUACAAACUGGAUUUCCCGUGAUGCCGCGCAGAAAGUUUAUGUGGAAAUGAAAUUCACACUGAGGGAUUGUAACAGCAUCCCAUGGGUCUUGGGGACUUGCAAAGAAACAUUUAAUCUGUUUUAUAUGGAAUCAGAUGAGUCCCAUGGAAUUAAAUUCAAGCCAAACCAGUAUACAAAGAUCGACACAAUUGCUGCUGAUGAGAGUUUUACCCAGAUGGAUUUGGGUGAUCGCAUCCUGAAACUCAACACUGAAAUUCGUGAGGUGGGGCCUGUAGAAAGGAAAGGAUUUUACCUGGCUUUUCAAGACAUUGGGGCGUGCAUUGCCCUCGUUUCAGUCCGUGUUUUCUACAAGAAGUGUCCCUUCACUGUUCGUAACUUGGCCGUGUUUCCUGAUACCAUCCCAAGGGUUGAUUCCUCCUCUUUGGUUGAAGUACGGGGUUCUUGUGUGAAGAGUGCUGAAGAGCGAGACACUCCUAAACUGUAUUGUGGAGCUGAUGGAGAUUGGCUGGUUCCUCUUGGAAGAUGCAUCUGCAGUACAGGAUUUGAAGAAAUUGAGGGUUCUUGCCAUGCUUGCAGACCAGGAUUCUAUAAAGCUUUUGCUGGGAACACAAAAUGUUCUAAAUGCCCUCCACAUAGUUUAACAUACAUGGAAGCAACGUCUGUCUGUCAGUGUGAAAAGGGUUAUUUCCGAGCUGAAAAAGACCCACCUUCUAUGGCAUGUACCAGGCCACCUUCAGCUCCUAGGAAUGUGGUUUUUAACAUCAAUGAAACAGCCCUUAUUUUGGAAUGGAGCCCACCAAGUGACACAGGAGGGAGAAAAGAUCUCACAUACAGUGUAAUCUGUAAGAAAUGUGGCUUAGACACCAGCCAGUGUGAGGACUGUGGUGGAGGACUCCGCUUCAUCCCAAGACAUACAGGCCUGAUCAACAGUUCCGUGAUAGUACUUGACUUUGUGUCUCACGUGAAUUACACCUUUGAAAUAGAAGCCAUGAAUGGAGUUUCUGAGUUGAGUUUUUCUCCCAAGCCAUUCACAGCUAUCACGGUGACCACGGAUCAAGACGCACCUUCCCUGAUAGGUGUGGUAAGGAAGGACUGGGCAUCCCAAAAUAGCAUUGCCCUAUCAUGGCAAGCACCUGCUUUUUCCAAUGGAGCCAUUCUGGACUACGAGAUCAAGUACUAUGAGAAAGAACAUGAGCAGCUGACCUACUCUUCCACAAGGUCCAAGGCCCCCAGUGUCAUCAUCACAGGUCUUAAGCCAGCCACCAAGUACGUAUUUCACAUCCGCCUGAGAACCGUGACAGGAUACAGUGGCUACAGUCAGAAAUUUGAAUUUGAAACAGGAGAUGAAACUUCUGACAUGGCAGCGGAACAAGGACAGAUUCUCGUGAUAGCCACCGCGGCCGUUGGCGGCUUCACGCUCCUCGUCAUCCUCACCUUAUUCUUCUUGAUCACUGGGAGAUGUCAAUGGUACAUAAAAGCCAAGAUGAAGUCAGAAGAGAAGAGAAGAAACCACUUACAGAAUGGGCAUUUGCGCUUCCCGGGAAUUAAAACUUACAUUGAUCCGGAUACAUAUGAAGACCCAUCCCUAGCAGUCCAUGAAUUUGCGAAGGAGAUUGAUCCCUCAAGAAUUCGCAUUGAGAGAGUCAUUGGGGCAGGUGAAUUUGGAGAAGUCUGUAGUGGGCGUUUGAAGACACCAGGGAAAAGAGAGAUCCCAGUUGCCAUUAAAACUUUGAAAGGCGGCCACAUGGAUCGGCAAAGAAGGGAUUUUCUAAGAGAAGCCAGUAUCAUGGGCCAGUUUGACCAUCCAAAUAUUAUUCGCCUAGAAGGUGUUGUCACAAAAAGAUCCUUCCCGGCCAUUGGGGUAGAGGCGCUUUGCCCCAGCUUCCUGAGGGCAGGGUUUUUAAAUAGCAUCCAGGCCCCGCAUCCAGUGCCAGGGGGAGGAUCUUUGCCCCCCAGGAUUCCUGCUGGCAGACCAGUAAUGAUUGUGGUGGAAUAUAUGGAGAAUGGAUCCCUAGACUCCUUUUUGCGGAAGCACGAUGGCCACUUCACGGUCAUCCAGUUGGUUGGAAUGCUCCGAGGCAUCGCAUCAGGCAUGAAGUAUCUUUCUGAUAUGGGUUAUGUUCAUCGAGACCUAGCGGCUCGGAAUAUAUUGGUCAAUAGCAACUUGGUGUGCAAAGUUUCUGAUUUUGGUCUCUCCAGAGUGCUGGAAGAUGAUCCAGAAGCUGCUUAUACGACAACUGGUGGAAAAAUCCCCAUAAGGUGGACAGCUCCAGAAGCCAUCGCCUACAGGAAAUUCUCCUCGGCAAGCGAUGCGUGGAGCUAUGGCAUUGUGAUGUGGGAGGUCAUGUCCUACGGAGAGAGGCCUUACUGGGAAAUGUCUAACCAAGAUGUCAUUCUGUCCAUUGAAGAAGGGUACAGACUUCCAGCACCCAUGGGCUGUCCAGCAUCUCUACACCAACUGAUGCUCCAUUGCUGGCAGAAGGAGAGAAAUCACAGACCAAAAUUUACUGACAUCGUCAGCUUCCUUGACAAACUGAUCCGAAAUCCCAGUGCCCUUCACACCCUGGUGGAGGACAUCCUUGUAAUGCCAGAGUCCCCUGGUGAAGUUACCGAAUAUCCUUUGUUUGUCACGGUUGGUGAUUGGCUAGAUUCUAUAAAGAUGGGGCAAUACAAGAAUAACUUCAUGGCAGCAGGAUUUACAACUUUUGACCUGAUUUCAAGAAUGAGCAUUGAUGACAUUAGAAGAAUUGGAGUCAUACUCAUUGGACACCAGAGACGCAUAGUCAGCAGUAUACAGACUUUACGUUUACACAUGAUGCACAUACAGGAGAAGGGAUUUCAUGUAUGAAAGUACCACAAGCACCUGUGUUUUGUGCCUCAGCAUUUCUAAAAUGAACGAUAGCCUCUCUACUUCCCUCUCUUCUGAUUCUCCAAACAUUGCUUCACAAACUGCAGUCUUCUGUUCAGACUAUAGGCACACAACUUAUGUUUAUGCUUCCAACCAGGAUUUUAAAAUCAUGCUACAUAAAUCCUCUAUGAAUAACCUACAAAUAAAACCCUGGUCCACUGAAGAUUAUUGCUACGCAAUGGUAAAUAACUCAGCAUGGAUGUGUAAUUUUGUAUAAGCAGUAUAUGGGAAGUGUUCACGGACUUCACCUAAAGGAAUUUAUCCAGUUGGGGCUUCCUUAGUGAUGUAUGUAGAGUGUGAUGGUAGAUGAGAACGAACUAGUUGACCUUUCUUUCAGGUUUUGUGAUCAAGUAGCUUCCAAACUGACAUAAAUGUUUGGUUUUUAGAUAAUUAUAUUCAGCUCUAUUGGUUGUAUUGUUACUUUUUUUUAAUAGUUUUACAGUUGGUGCCUGAUAUUAUUAGAAUUGUUUGCAGAGAUGACCAGUGAUAUCAUGUAAUGAAUUUUUGUGAGGUAUGACUAUGGUGAGAAGGGGGCUGUUAGGGAGGGAGGAAAAAAUACUGUGUUUUUAAAUCUUCUGAGCCUGGGUUUGUCAAUUUUUUAAAAAUUAACUUUAUAGUGUCAUACAUAUUUCAUAAUAGGUGGUCGUAUAAAGGCUUUUCACCUCUAAUUUUAUUUAUUUUUAUUUUUUUACUAACUGUAGUAUUUUUCUCUACUACCUUAUGAAGACCGCCCAUGGAAAGACCAAGAGUGACUUCAUCGAUCUAAUGGUUUUCAUAGAGGAAAGCUUGGGAUAAAGCCAUGACUUUUCCCUUUGUGCAUUGUCACAAGUUUGCAAAAGUAAUUAUCAAGGCACUGAGGAAAUGAGUCAUUCUCAGUAGAAUUGCUUUGGAUAAAAUACAUAAUUAUACCCUUAGAUUUAAUGUAAAAAUAUUAAUUAAUUUAAUAUAAACAGAACUUUAGGAUAGAUACAUGGUGGCCCAAGAAAAUAAACAUACCUAGCUGACCAUUUGGUAUUGGUGCGUUUUGCAAGUUUAAGCAUUCUUAUGUUUUCUUUGCAAAAAUAAGUUACAUGAACAAGUAUGAAUACUCCAAAGAGUAUAUAAAUAGAUCUUACACAUGAACAUAAUGUGUCAACCUGGGUCCAUCAUACAAUAACAUAAAAAUGAGAACACAGCUAAGGUGUGGUGUUGUCAUAAUCUUCUGAGAGGCUAUAAAAAAAGGUGAAUAUGUUUUUAAGUGAUUUAAGCUGAGUCCGCUUAUCAAAAUAGUGCUAUAUCUUAUGAACAAAUUAAAUUAUAAAAUCAGCGCCUCCCUGUAAAACUAAAAAAAUGUCUACUGUUUUAGGUGGAAGAGUAAGUAAAAUGUGUUGAAAGGAAAAGAGUAGAUUGUCUAAUGCUGAUUUAAUAAAUUAGCUUUUAUUGGAUCUCAGAUAUAAUGGUGCCCUACCCACAUUCUCAAAUUCCUAUCUAAAUUCCUUUUUCUUGGUCAUAGUAGUGUUUUUGUUUUAUAAAGGAGCCUAACUUUUUCUUAUAUUUAGAUUUUGUUGAUUGUCCCAUUAUACUAGACCCUUCUGCAUAUUUUCUUUUGCUGACUUAUCUCCUGGCUUUUGCCUACCACAGCUUAAUCCUUCUCAUUUCAAAACAAAUGUGUACAGCUAGGAGGAAGAGUCUUUAGAUAUUUCUUAUAAUACACAAAAAAGGUAGGAGGGAUGGGAAAUCCAUCACUUUUUAUGUAUGUGUGCCAGAUAUAGCUAGCCACAUUUUCCAGCCAUCAACCUACAUGGUUGUGCAUCACUCAUAGACUCUCUGCAGUUUGCUUGAUCCAUUUACACAAAUCUGGAUACAUUUAGAAGAAAUAUAAAAUUUCCAUAUUUACCUAUCUUCAAAUAUAUAUUAAAUAAGAACAGAUGUAAAACAGAUUAAAUUUAUUAAUCAUAUAUUUAUUUUUAUAAUACAAAAAAGGUAUUUAGAAAAAUAAGGAAUAGAAUAAUAUGGUCUUCCACAGGACUCUGUCAGCACCAUCUGUGUACCUUGAAAUAAAUUCUAUUAAAUUAUUUACACUUCUAUGGGAUGAGCAUUCAGUGAUUGCAAGGUUAAAGUUCUCUGUUAAGAAUUUUUUUUCUUUAAAAUGCCUGAUGAUCCUGUUUUACAUCUGGUUAAUUUGUACUUCUUUUUUUCUUUCUCUAGCAUCUUUUUAUAUAUCAUAAAAUGACAUUUUUGCUUUGUCAUGUCAUGCCUCCUUCAAAAUUCCUUUUAAAUUACAUUUUUAUUUUUCAGAACUGUAAGCAUGAUAAUCUUAAAUGUAACUUUGAACUUCAUCAUGGUUACAGCAAGAUUGAAACAUGUGUGCCAGAUUAAACAGAAACAUUAAAAUAUAAGGAUAUCUAUUUAUUUACUGCCUACUAGUCAUAGACCCCAUGAUCCCAGGAGUAUUACCAUAUCCAGGAAUAUUAACAGUUAAAAUGCCAAAUUCAUUUGAAAAUUUUAUAUGAAACGAAAUCUGUUUUAAUAUGCAAAGCAUAAAACUUAAUUAUAAAAAGAAAAUAAGUAAUUUCCAUGAAUCACAAAUCUUCAGGAAUAAUCUUUGAUACCUAAAAUAUGCAUAUAGGCUCAUAUACCUACUUUAUUUUCAAUGGCUUCAUCUAUGCUAAUGAGGGAGUGUUUUGGAUUUUAAAACCAGACAGUCAAAAAUCAUUUUCAUUUUAUUUUCUAAAUGAUCAAUUUUCAGUCUAGAGUGAACUCCUUAUCUCAUAAUAUAAGUCAUAUUUGGAAAAAAAUAUAAAAACAAUGUACCAUCAAGGAGCAAGAUAAGGUAUUUAAAUCAUUCAAAAAAGCAAUCAAAUUGCAAACUUCUUGUGGUUUAACACAAAUCAAGACUUACAGCACUUCUGCACUGAGUUACAACUGGUGAUAAAUGUUCUACAUUCCAUAAUCAAAAUAAGACAUCUUAUUUCACUCUGCAUCACUCUUUAAAAUCUAUCAAAGUAUAACCUGAAUAAAAAUGCCUUCUAGCAACAGCUUUAAAACUUAGCCCAUGAAUGGAAAACAAAUCCAAAUCUGAUCCUUGAAAAACAAAGGCCCUAAAGAAAGUCUUCAGAAGAGAUGGUGAAGAAUGAAUUAUUUUACGUAUCACCCAACCACAUUUCCUAAAAAUGUAUUUUGGUGUCUUCUCCUGCCAGAUUUCUGCUCUGCAAGGCAGUCAGUUAAACCUCAUCUCAUAAUUUUCGCUGAGUUAGUUCUUUCUUUUCACCUCUUUUAUUAAAUUUUCAAAGACUUCUCAGCCCUGUUUUUAAUCCCCAGCCUGUCUUUUUAUUCCUCUCGGCUUCUAUCACAUCACACGUUAUCCCCAUCAGCAUAAGAAAGGUAGCACAACAAAUCUGAAAAGAUUGUGUAGAUCUCCUUCAAAGGGGCUUGGGGCAGGGAGAUGUUGAAAAAUCUUUAAUAUUUUGGGUUCUAUUACAUAAUUGAAAACAUUUACACUUACAGAGGAUAUGGA